AUGAGUGCUGGUGUUUGUGCAAUGAACAAGGAAGGAUUGCCGGAUAAAAUGUCACAGGGCGAGAAAGUGGGAAAACUGAAAGCUUUGUAUGAAAACCUGGAGGGCAGCGGCAAGUCGCCUCUAGGAAAAACAGAUCCUGUGUCAUCCAGAUCAAACAGCCUUGAAACUUCGAGCAGGGAAAAGAUCAAAACAAUCUUGACCAAUUCGAUUACAGAGCUCCAUUCCAUCGUACAGAGCAGCAGCAGCCACCACCAGGCGUCUGCUCUCCCUGCAGAAGAUCGAGUGAGACAGAGCGGAAGUAUCAAUGCUGCGUUACCGAAGGACCUCUCUCUUGCGGGCACCCUGGAGGUCCACCGAGAUGCUGAGCACAACGUUGGCAUCGAUUCGCCACCAGCUCUGAAAUCAAGUCUGCCCGUAUCUCGAGGGGUUGAAUUCCGAAUAGAUGGUCUGCAGGAAGAUUCCAUGAAUCAGGAGCGAGACAGUGGUGAGGAUGAUGCUUCACAGAAGAGAGAAGCGGCGGAUGCUGUCGGCGAGAGCAGAGCUGGUGAUGAAACGGUGGACCUGGACUUGUUUGAGCAGUGUGGAGACGACGCAAGGAUGGACCAUCAAAGGGAGUGUGAAAAUGCAGGCAGGGCUGAUGGCAGCGCCGAGCAGAAGCGAGGGCUCGAUGAGGAAGCUUUGCACAAUUUCUUGCGCAACCAGAUGUCGAUGCACUCUGUCAGUGCGAUCUCGGACAAGACGAACUCUGGAGGCUCGCCAAGGAUGAACUCUCCUCAUGGUUUUAGCCAAGAGGAACUGCACUUUGCCGCGAUUGAUGCAGGAGAUUUGAUCGAUAGCAGUGGAGCAACUCCUCCUGUCAAAGGGUUGUGUCAAGGGGAGAAUGCUAGCUUGUCGCUUCCUAUCAAGAAUAGCUACAGAUCAAACUUGCUGCAAGAGACUUUGCGCAAGACUUGGGAUGCUGGACAUGAUUGCGGGGAGAAUCUUGAAAAGGUCGUUCCUCCUCCUCUCCUCCUCUCCUCCUCUCCUCCUCUCUUCGGCAUCUCGUUGGUUGUGCUCUUCUUCGUGUUCCUCCUCUCUUCUCGCAUCCCCAUCCCUCCACACCUUACACUUGCACUGGAGCAGGUCAUCCUGCAGUCGGUCAAGGUAGUCGUAUCCUCGGCCUCGGUCUGCAUGCUGCUUGGCGAGUCCUGCGUGCCGCAGUCAGAGAGCGAGGUGGUCAAGUAUACCAUCAAGCUCCUCAAGCAGUUCAUCAUGCGCGAGGGGUUCCUCUCGGCUCCCAGCGGCAGGAGCUGCGAGCUCGACCCCUCCUACUCCCACGGGAAAGCCUUGAUGAUCCUCCGUGCCCUGUCACGAGCCGCUCAAGGCAGCGUCGGUGCGAAGCUGCAGCAGCAGAUCCUGCGAUCUGAGAUCGGCAUGCCGCUACUGGCAAUAGUGGUCUCCUCCUCGCUGGAGUGGGAUGGCCCCUUGACGACUCUCAAGACCAAGUCGGUUGGGACGCGUUGCUCGAGCUCCGAGGAUCACCUCAGAGAUCAAGUGUGCUGUGUGCUGAAGGAGAGCAUCAACCUAUUGAUCAUCCUCUUCAAGCAUGAACACCUGCAGCAGGACCAUCAUUGGCUGCUCUCAGACUUCUUGCAUACCAACUUUAAGGACAAACUACCUUUCUGGUGGAACUGGCAGGCGAACGAGGAAAGUUUUCUGUCGCAGAGAGCUGGAGGCAGUGAGGAGGAGGAGGUUCUCGACAGGUCAAACGACGAUGGGAACUGUCUCUUCCUCCACCAGCUCGUCAAGACGUCGCUCAAUGCUGCGAGGAAGAGAUACGAAGAGGACUCGAACAUCAACAUCAUGUGCACGCGGCUGAGCCACAUGGUGGAAGACCUUGUAUAG